ACUACGGUUUGAAAGUCUCCCAAUCUCUUUCGCCUUAUACGUCUCUCCGGCAGCUCAUCAGUCCUCCAUAGCCAUCACCUUCGACUGCAACCGUCGUCGUCGGCCACCACCAUCAUCGGCGGCGACCUCUUCAGCCUCAGAUCUUCUCUUCACGCACUCACUUUCUGCAACAGUCAUCGCUGUGCUACCCUCCUCGUCGGCGGCUCCCGUCACCAUCGACGUGACUGCUGCUGAUUAGGGUUUUCCAGCUCUGGAAGACAUUUUCUUCGAUUCCAAGUUAAUGCUUACAAAGGUUUAGCUCGAGCGAAUUCCAGUGGCCAAGUACGUAGCAAACGAUGGAUUUGAUGUCUGGCUACAAGAAUCGCGUACAAGGGGUUGUUGGACUUGUAUUUGGGAAUGAUAAUUCUUCUUCAAGUGAAGAUAGCUAUGUUGAGCGCUUGCUUGACCGUAUAAGUAAUGGUGUCCUGGCGGGGGACAGGAGGACUGCUAUUCUUGAACUUCAAUCUGUUUUAGCUGAAAGUCGUACUGCCCAGCUAGCUUUUGGGGCAAUGGGCUUUCCGGUGCUUUUAAGUGUCCUGAAGGAAGAGCGCGAUGAUGUUGAAAUGGUUCGUGGUGUUCUAGAAACUCUUGUGAGUGCUUUGACUCCAAUUGGUGUUUCAAAAGGAUCAAAGAAUGAGGUUCAACCAGCUUUAAUGAACGCCGAUAUGCUUUCAAGGGAAGCAGAAAGUAUUUCUCUUCUUAUAAGUCUGUUGUCGGAGGAGGAUUUCUACAUACGAUAUUACACACUUCAGCUGCUAACUGCCCUUCUUACAAACUCUCAAACUAGGUUGCAGGAGGCCAUUCUGACUAUUCCUCAUGGCAUUACUCGGCUUAUGGACAUGCUAAUGGACCGUGAGGUUAUACGGAAUGAGGCCUUGUUAUUACUCACUUACUUGACCCAUGAGGCUGAGGAAAUUCAAAAAAUUAUCGUCUUUGAAGGUGCUUUUGAGAAGAUUUUUAGUAUUAUCAAAGAGGAAGGAGGGUCAGAUGGUGGUGUUGUUGUGCAGGACUGUCUUGAAUUGUUGAACAAUCUCCUUCACAAAAAUGCUUCUAAUCAGGUAUUACUAAGGGAAACUAUGGGAUUUGACCCGUUGAUAUCAAUUUUGAAGCUUAGAGGAAAUAGCUACAGUUUCACCCAGCAGAAGACAAUAAAUCUACUUGGUGCUUUGGAGACUAUCAAUUUGCUAAUAAUGGGAGGUCCAGAAACUGACCCUGGAAAAGAUGGUAAAAGACUGACCAACAAAACAGUUUUAGUUCAGAAAAAAAUUUUAGACCAUCUUUUAGUGUUGGGAGUAGAAAGCCAAUGGGCUCCUGUUGCUGUGCGUUGUAUGGCACUCAGAUGCAUUGGUAAUCUGAUUACCAGUCAUCCUAAGAAUCUUGAUGCCCUUGCAAAUAAAGUCCUUGGGGAGGAGUCACAGGUAGAACCCGCACUGAAUUCUGUCCUCCGAAUUGUCUUGCGGGCUCCAAGCAUUCAGGAGUUUUUAGCAGCGGACUACAUCUUUAAGUGCUUUUGCGAGAAAAACCCUGAUGGUCAAACAAUGUUAGCUUCUACGUUGAUUCCUCAACCACAAGCAGUGUCCCAUGCGUCACAUGAGGAGGAUGUGAACAUGUCAUUUGGAAGCAUGCUACUACAUGGUCUUAAUGUGAGUGAAAAUGAUGGUGAUCUUGAGACUUGUGGUAGAGCUGCUAGUGUCCUCUCUCACAUACUGACGGAUAAUAUUCAAUGCAAGGAGAAGUUUUUACGAAUUGAACUGGAGGCACCUACACCAUCUUUAGGAGCUCCAGAGCCAUUACUACACCGAAUGGUGAAAUACUUGGUUCUUGCUUCCUCUAUGAAGAGCAAAGAUGGAAAAUCAAGUACACCGGUGGAUAUGUAUGUUCAACCAAUUAUGUUGAAACUGCUAGUGAUCUGGCUUUUGGAUUGCCCAAAUGCGGUACACUGCUUCUUAGAUUCACGCCCACAUAUUACAUAUUUGCUUGAACUGGUAUCAAAUUCAACCACAACAGCUUGGAUAAGGGGUCUGGCAGCACUACUUUUAGGAGAAUGUGUUAUCUAUAAUAAAUCUAGUGACAGAGAAAGGGACGCUUUUACCAUAGUUGAUGCAAUAAGUGACAAACUUGGGCUUACAUCAUACUUCUUGAAGUUUGAUGAGAUGAAGACAAGCAUUUUUUUUUCUUCUGGGAAAACAACUGAGUCCCGUAAACCACUGUCGAGAUCGCCUACUGCUGCUAGUAUGGAAGAAACUGAAGAUGUUGAUGAGCAUGAGGCAAGCAAUCAGAAGAAUGAAGACCAUCCUAUGCUUGCAUCAAUUUUUGAUGGUCAGUUUGUCGACUUUGUUGGAAAGCUGGAGGCAAAUAUAAGAGAGAGCAUUGUAGAUGUCUAUAGUCAUCCAAAGAGAAAGGUGGCAGUAGUGCCAGCUGAACUAGAACAGAAGGGUGGGGAAACAGAUGGGGACUAUAUCAAACGCCUAAAAUCAUUUGUGGAGAGGCAGUGCUCUGAGAUACAGGACCUUCUUAGUCGUAAUGCGACUUUGGCUGAAGAUCUAGCCAAGAUGAGUGGUGGUGUAUCUCGGCCCGAGCAUAGAGUUAGUGGGGGCUCAGAAAGAGUCCAGGUCGAGACACUCCGUAGAGAUCUCCAAGAGGCAUCCCAGCGGCUAGAGAUGCUCAAGGCCGAGAAAGCCAAGAGUGAAUCCGAGGCUUCAAUGUACAGCAAUUUGGCUGGGAAGAUGGAAGCUGAUCUGAAGAGUCUGUCUGAUGCCUACAACAGCCUCGAACAAGCGAACUUCCUUCUGGAAAAAGAAGUUACAGCUCUAAAGGGCGGUGGAGCCACGCCCACCCCAGACGUGGAGGCCAUACGGGCUGAAGCAAAGGAAGAAGCCCAGAAGGAGAGCGAGGCCGAACUAAACGAUUUGCUUGUUUGCCUUGGCCAAGAGCAGAGCAAGGUAGAAAAGCUAACCGCGAGGCUGUUGGAGUUAGGGGAAGACGUCGACAAAUUACUCGAGGGUAUUGGAGAUGAAAUUGGGCUACCCGACGACGACGAAGAGGAAGACGACUAAGUGCCCGUGUUACACAACGUUGUCACGUUUGAAUUCUCGUAACUUCUCUCUGGACAUUCCCAAACUUGACUUCAUACCCUCUUAAAAACACUCUUGUACAUCAUUAAUUAUGACUUGUACAGUCUGCUACCCGUUGUUUAUGAUGUUGAGAAGGUGAAUUCAAAUUUGUUCAUCCCUGGGCCUGUCUGGAUUGUCGUUUUAAGGGUUUGGAUUUCCUAAGAUGGAUUUGCUUGGUUUCUGACUUC